AUGGCCGCUUCAACAUCAACAUCAACAUCAACUCCACUACUGUCGUCGUCGUCGUCGGCAGGCGAAGAUCGUCUUCGCGCCAGAAAACCCCUGCCGCCGCCCAAACCGGCCUAUUUGCCAAAUAGUCCCGACUCGCCGCUGAUCGUGGACAAGGAGUUGUACGAUGCCGUGCAGAAGGGGCGGAGGGAGCUUGUCGAGUUUUUCACGAUUCCGAUUCGGUCGGGGAGGGCGUGGAGGGCGCCGGAGAAAAGUAUUGUGAGGAUCAGUACGCCUGAGGGGCCGCAGGUCGGCGACUUGAAUAUCUGGAACGCCAACAACCCUCGGGAAAGAUUCUGGGCGUCUCGAACGAAACAACUCCACUCGUCACACGUCUCGACAUACGAUCGCCUCUGGUCCUGUCUCCCAUUCAUGCGGCCGUUGUGCACCAUAAUCGCGGACUCUCUCUCCUGGUACGGCGUGGACGAGACGGGUGGCCGUGUCCACGAUUUGCUCGGCACCCGAUGCGACCCGUACAUCAACACGCUGCUGUCCGGGCCUGAAGCGUCGUUCGAUUUCCACUGUCAUUCCAACCUGACCAGGGCCGUGCUUCCUUUCGGCCUCAACGAGUCUGAUAUCCAUGAUGUGAUCAACUUGUUUCAAGUCACCGGGCUGGACGCCGAGGGGAGAUACUUUAUGCAUCCCUGUCCCGCGCAGGCGGGGGAUUAUAUCGAGUUCUUCGCCGAACAGGAUCUCCUCAUGGCACUCUCGACGUGUCCUGGAGGAGAUCUUUCGUUGUGGGGAUUCGGAACUGAUAGCGAGAAGGAGAUGAUCAAGUGUUGUCGACCUUUGAAGGUCGAGGUGUUCAAGCUCGUUGAUGAGGACACGAUCCUGGCAGGGAAAUGGAAGAAACCUGAACGUCCCGAUUAUCGCGGUUUGCAUGGUAUGAAAAUCCCCUUGGGAGAAAGAGAAACCAAAUAG